GUCCGGAGUCAGGGUGGGAUGGAUGGGGGCUGGAAGCUGUUCCCUUGGUAACAGCCGGUCCUAGUUUCCACCAAUCGAUGUGGCGGUGCGGGUGCGCGGGCUGGGAGGGCUCGUGGCCUACAUAAGCGCCAGGCGGACACCGCACGCCUGUGCUGAGCCGAGACCCGGCAGAUGCGCUUGCGAAGCCAUGACCAGGCUGACGGGCACCCGGCCCGUGGCCGUCUGCCGCUGGGGCUGCGCCGCUGCUGCCUUCCUCCUCCUCCUCCUCACCGUGCAAGCCGCCCACAAAGCCGACCUUAGCAGCGAAGCCACGGCAGCCACCAUCAACCACUCGCCAACGCUGCUGCAGAGGCUGCAGGAGCUUCUGCAGAACGGCAAUGGCAGCGACUCGGUGUUGCGGGUACGCACGGCUGCCUCUGAUGAGGCCAAGGUCUUCCACACUCACCAGCUGCUGCUCAGCCUCCAGAGCGAAGUCUUUGAGAGCCUUCUACGCAACCAGAGUGUCAUCACCCUGCAUGAGCCGCCCGAGACUGCUGCGCUCUUUGAGAAGUUUAUCAGGUACCUGUACUGCGGGGGUGUCUCCAUCCUGCUGCACCAAGCCAUCCCCAUGCACCAGCUGGCCAGCAAGUACCGGGUGUGGGGGCUGCAGCGUGGUGUAGCCGACUACAUGAAGACCCACCUGGCCAGCGAGUCGAGCCAGGGCCAUGUGGUGGGCUGGUACCACUACGCCGUGCGCAUCGGCGAUACGGCACUGCAGGAGAGCUGCCUCCAGUUCCUCGCCUGGAACCUCUCGGCUGUACUGGGAAGUGCUGAGUGGGGCUCGGUGAGCGUGGAGCUGCUGCUGCUGCUGCUGGAACGUUCCGACCUGGUGCUGCACAGUGAGCUGGAGCUCUACGCUGCCGUGGAAGGCUGGCUGAACCACCGGCAGCCCGAGGAUCCCGUGGCUGAACGUGUUCUGCGUGCCAUUCGCUACCCCAUGAUUGCACCCAGCCAGCUUUUCCGGCUGCAGGUGCAGUCACCGGUGCUGACGCGGCACUACAGCGCGGUGCAGGACCUGCUGUUCCAGGCUUUUCAGUUCCACGCUGCCUCCCCCCUCCAUUUCGCCAAGUAUUUUGACGUCAACUGCAGCAUGUUCCUGCCCCGCAACUACCUCGCCUCCAGCUGGGGCUCCCAGUGGGUCAUCAACAACCCAGCACGGGACGACCGUAGCACCAGCUUCCAGACCCAGCUGGGUCCCAGCAGCCACGAUGCCGGUAAGCGAGUGACUUGGAACGUCCUCUUCUCGCCGCGCUGGCUGCCCGUCAGCCUGCGUCCUGUCUACUCGGACUCAGUCUCAGGCGCCAUCCAGCCGGUGCGCAUAGAGGAUGGUCGCCCGCGGCUCGUCAUCACCCCGGCCACGAGCAGCCCUGACUUUGCCGGUGUCAGCUUCCAGAAGACGGUGCUGGUGGGCGUGCGGCAGCAGGGUCGCGUCUUGGUGAAGCACGCCUACAGCUUUCACCAGAGCUCGGACGAGGUGACAGAUUUCCUCGUCCACGCUGACCUGCAGAAGCGCGCCUCUGAGUACCUCAUCGACAACUCCCUGCACCUACACAUCAUCAUCAAACCUGUCUACCACUCCCUCAUCAAGGUGAAGAAGUAAUGAGGCAGAGCUGGGUCCCGCAGCCAGACUGGUCCCAGCCCCACGAUUUGGGGCUCACACUUACUCCUCCUGCUCAUAGGUAGAUGGAGGUCUCUGUGCUGAGGGGCCCCAGGGUUGCUCUCUGCUGCCCACCCCUCCCUGAUUGUCCCCCUGCCACAUCCUUAUCCCCAUUGCUGUCCCUGGGUGCCUGCGGGGAAUUAGGGACGGGGGACACUGGGAGCCCCCCAGCCCUGUGUGGUUGGUGCAGGAGAUAAAACGUUCAGC